AUGGAGUCACCACCUUUGUUCGUUCGGUUGCUUUCCUUUCUCAUGUUGACGACGUUGUGCCAUGCUAUAGCAUUUACGCAGUCUUUUAACUCUUCUAUUCAACGAUGCCAUGAUGAUGAAAGCUUGGCCUUGCUGCAAUUCAAAAAUAGCUUCAACAUCUCUAGCUCUUGUUCUUAUUCAAAGCUUGAAUCAUGGAAGCUAAAUCAAGGCGUAAGAUCAGGUGAGUGUUGCUCAUGGGAUGGUGUGGAGUGCGAUGAGAAAACUAAUCAUGUCGUUAGCCUUGAGCUAAAUGAGAGUUGUAUUUAUGGGUCGAACAACUCCAACAACACUCUCUUUCGCCUUGUCCAUCUUCAAAGACUUAAUCUUGGAAGCAACGACUUCAUCCACUCUCAAAUCCCAUCCGAAAUAGGCCAACUCUCGAGGUUAACUCAUCUCGACCUUUCUUUUUCUAGCUUUUCUGGUGAAAUCCCAGUUGAAAUCUCUAAUCUUUCAAGCUUGGUUUCCCUUGAUCUAUCUCGUAAUCUUGAUUUCAUUAGUUAUGAUGGAUUAUUGAAGCUCCGUAAGACUAGCUUCAGAGGUCUAGUUCAAAACAUGACCAAUUUGAAGGAACUUGAUCUAGAAUACGUGGACAUUUCUUCAACGGUACCUAAGGUUCUCGCAAAUCUUUCAUCUUUGGAGUCUCUCCAUCUUUGUGGUUGUGAAUUGCAUGGUGAAUUUCCGGCGAGCAUUGAAAAUCAACUUACUGGUCCAAUCCCACCCCAGAUUAACAAUCUCACCUCGCUAUCCUCGUUGUACCUUUCAUCAAAUAAAUUGCAAGGUUCAAUUCCUAUCAAUUUCUCUCGACUCAAUCAACUUGAAUUCCUUGAUCUUCAUUCAAAUACUUUAGCUGGGUCAUUGGAUCUAAGCUCAUUCUUUCAGCUCAACCAGUUAACCGAACUGAUCUUAUCAUUUAAUAGCUUGUCCAUGCACUCUACAAUGGCUACAAAUGGCUACCUUCCGUACUUGAGAGCUUUAGGAUUGGCUUCUUGA